GAGCUUUUAGUGUAUAUGAAGGACGGUAUUUUCCCCGAGGGAUCCAUGGCACCCAACCUACAAGACGAGCAGAUGUACCGCUGUGAAGACUGUGAUGAGCUGUUCUCCUCAACGCUCGAGCUACGGCGGCACCAGAAGUAUUCGUGCACCAGCGCAGGCUCCCUCUUUGACUCACUGAGAGAGGACUUCAAACAGGAGCGUGAGGACAGCGACGAGCCAGUCCACGAGUGUAAAGACUGUGAGAAGAUCUUCCCAAAUGAGUACAGUCUGGGCCAACACAUGAUAGUCCACACAGAAGAGAGGGAAUACAAGUGUGACCAGUGUCCAAAAGCCUUUAACUGGAAGUCCAACCUCAUCCGUCACCAGAUGUCACAUGACAGUGGCAAGCGCUUUGAGUGUGAAAACUGUGAUAAGGUGUUCACAGAUCCCAGCAACCUCCAGCGCCACAUCCGCUCCCAGCACGUGGGCGCACGCGCUCACACGUGUCCCGAGUGCGGCAAGACCUUCGCCACCUCGUCAGGCCUCAAGCAGCAUAAGCACAUCCACAGCAGUGUCAAACCCUUUAUCUGCGAAGUGUGCCACAAAUCCUACACCCAGUUCUCUAACCUCUGCCGCCACAAGCGCAUGCAUGCCGACUGCCGCACCCAGAUCAAGUGUAAGGACUGUGGGCAGUUGUUCAGCACUACCUCCUCCCUCAACAAGCACCGUCGCUUCUGUGAGGGCAAAAAUCAUUAUGGCUCUCCUGGAGGGAUGUUCAACCCUGGCAUCCCCAUGAGCUCCAGCCCCAUCAUGGCUAAGGCCAAGUCCCAUCAUCACCACCUUUCAGCUCUUAACCAGUCAGGGUUAGGAUUCACUGACUACUUUCCCUCCCGACCUCACCCCCAUGCUGGCUUGCCCUUCUCCCCAGGACCCCAUGGCUUCCCAUCCCUUACCCAUGGUUUCCCAGGUAUCUUCCCACAUUCACUGUAUCCCCGACCACCUUUAUUGCCGGCUAGUCCGUUGAUAAAGAACCCACUGGGCAGCAGCAGUCAGGAGGUGAAGCUUCCUCGGAGUCCCCUACAUUUACCUCCACUGUCCCUGGUUAGCUCGACUAACAGCAAUGGAGGCAACAGUUUGAGUCAGAUGGAAGACAAAGAGAAAGAGAACAAACUGGAUUUGUCCUCUAGUGGAGAAGCAAAGUCAAAAUCUAAGAUGGCCGACAUGUCGGACGGAAGUGAUCUUGAAGACGUUAAUACCACAAGUGGGACAGAUUUGGACACCACCACUGGUACUGCUUCAGGUGAUGGUUCUGACCUGGAGAGCGACGGCGAGAGUGAACGCGAGCGAAGUGGCAAAAGAAGGAAGCCAUCUGGGGCCAUGUCAAGUCAAGAAGGCCACCAGUCAGAAGACACGAACAGUGCGUUGAUAUCAGCCAUGUCUAGUUCGGGGAAUCUCGGGCUUGAUCGCCCAUUUCUCUCCUCUGUAUCGUCCCAUCACUCCUUCUUCCCUCCACCUGAUGAGCAAGCCCUCCUACCCAAUACCACGCAUGCCAAUGCAGCCACCACAGAUUCCAUCAAAGCCAUUGCUUCUAUUGCGGAGAAAUAUUUUGGUCCAGGUUUGAUUGGUCUUCAUCAGGAGAAGAAGAUGGGUCCAUUGCCUUACCAUUCCAUGUUUCCCUUCCAGUUCCUGCCCAACUUUCACAACUCCCUCUAUCCCUUCAGCGCUGAUCGAGGUGUCCUCAACCCUAGUAUGUUCUUCAAGGCGGAGCCCAAGUCACCUCGAGAGCAGCUUCAUAAGAUAGUUUCUGGUGCCCCAAGCGCUCCUGCUCCCACAGUGGAGUCACCAUUCGAUCUCACCACAAAACCCAAGGAGACCAAGUUAUCUCAUCCCAGCCCGACAAACCCCUCACACCCCAACAGUAGCACUGGGAGCAGUAGUGGACCUUUAGCGUUACCCGGCGGUGAAGAACAGCCAUUGGACCUCAGCAUUGGCAGCCGGAACCGAGGUGGUCAUAAUGGCGUGGCAGCUGAGCCACACAAUCGAAAGAACCACAUGUAUGGAGUCCUAAAGGGGAUGUCCAUCAAGGAUGAAACACCAGCUGGGUUCCCCCACUCCCAGUCAUUGCACCAAUCCGCCAUCUCCCAGCACCAGCAGCACCAGGCCCAGCAACAUCAGCCACCACCCCUGCACUACGCCAAGCCCUCCGCAUUCUUCAUGGACCCCAUAUACAGCAGGGUGGAAAAGAGGAAGCUACUUGACCCCGUUGGAGCUUUGAAGGAGAAGUUCCUCAGGCCCUCACCGCCACUCUUCCACCCACAGAUGUCAGCCAUGGAGACCAUGACAGAGAAGCUGGAGAGCUUUGGCGCUCUAAAGCUUGAUGCACCCAAUUCACUGCAACACUCAGCUCAUCCACUGUUCAACUUCCGCUCACCACCACCCUCCCUCUCAGAGGCCAUCCUGCGCAAGGGCAAGGAGCGCUACGCCUGCAGGUACUGUGGGAAAAUCUUCCCUCGUUCAGCAAACCUCACCAGACACUUGCGGACACACACAGGGGAACAACCCUACAGGUGUAAAUACUGUGACCGCUCAUUCAGCAUCUCGUCCAAUCUUCAACGCCACGUUCGCAACAUCCACAACAAGGAGAAACCCUUCAAGUGUCACUUGUGCAACCGCUGCUUUGGUCAGCAAACCAACCUCGACCGCCAUCUCAAGAAGCACGAGCACGAGAACAUUCCUGUGAGCCAACAGUCCGGGAUGCUGUCCAACCUAGGAACCACGAUCUCCUCGCCAAACUCCGAGCCAGACAAUCAUGCACUUUUAGACGAGAAGGAGGACUCGUACUUCUCAGAAAUCCGCAACUUUAUUUCCAACAGUGAGAUGAACCAGGCCUCCAGCUCCAUGGAUAAGAGAUCAGACCAGGCUGAGGAAGAGCGCCCGCAAAGCCACAGUUUGUCUAACUCCAAGCUCGGGCUCCAGGGGCUGGAGGAAGAGGAGGAGGAAGUGGAAGGCGAUGAUGAGGAGGAAGAGGAAGGAAGCCUGACAGAGAAGUCUCACGAUGAGGCGCCCGAGUCGCCGUCCCCCGUCACAACAGGAGUGUAUGAAGAGGAGGAGGAAGAGGAGGAGACGGAGACAGCUCCACUGGCUAUGAGCUAUGAACACACUCGCAGGUGUAUAGAGGAGGAGGGCUCUCUCCUGGACCUGGAGGGUCUGCCCAGCUUUCCCAAGAGCCUGGAUGGGCUCCGUAAAGCAGCCAGCGACGAGCAACCCUUUGACGUUAAAGACAUAUUUAACACUUCACUAGAGUCGGAGGCAUUGAAAGAGACAUUGUACAGGCAGGCUAAAACCCAGGCUUAUGCAAUGAUGCUGUCUCUCUCGGAGAGCAACCCUUUGCACGCGCCCUCCCAGAACUCUCUGGACGCUUGGCUGAGCAUGGGAGGUGGACCGUCUGAGACCAGCAGCUUUCACCCGCUCAACCACAUCUAG